UCAAAAGCCAAAGAUGUUACUACUAAAUAUGUUUUUACAAAACCAUCACAAAUCCUUUUCUCUUCUUUGGCUUCAAUUACUCCUAAUCUUUCUAACCAGUGCCUCAGUUAAUGGAAUUGAGCAAAAGAACUUCUACAUUGUUUUCUUGGGAACUCAUCCUGUGAGCAGAGACAUUGCACUUGAUAACCAUUUAAAAGUUCUAUCAGCAGUGAAGGGAAGCUACCUUGAAGCCAAACAAUCCAUGGUAUAUAGUUACACAAAAAGCUUUAAUGCAUUUGCUGCAAAACUGUCUGAGGACGAAGCCAAGAAUUUGUCAGACAUGGAUGAAGUUCUCUCGGUGUUUCAAAAUCAGUACCGCAAGCUACACACAACAAGAUCAUGGAACUUCAUUGGGUUACCUCAAACUGCUAAGAGAAGAUUGAAAUUAGAGAGUGACAUAAUUGUUGCUCUUUUGGAUACAGGGAUCACCCCGGAAUCUAAAAGCUUCAAGGACAAAGGGUUUGGUCCUCCACCAGCAAGAUGGAAAGGAACUUGUGGCCACUAUGCUAAUUUCUCAGGCUGCAAUAACAAAAUCAUAGGAGCCAAAUACUUCAAAGCUGAUGGAGACCCUGAUCCAUUUGACAUAUUAUCUCCUAUAGAUGUUGAUGGACAUGGCACUCACACUGCAUCAACAGCUGCAGGCAAUUUAGUCUCAAAUGCAAGCCUCUUUGGAUUGGCCAAUGGCACUGCUCGCGGAGCCGUGCCAUCGGCUAGAUUGGCAAUAUACAAAGUUUGUUGGUCAUCCAGUGGAUGUGCAGAUAUGGACAUACUAGCUGCAUUUGAUGCUGCUAUCCAUGAUGGUGUGAAUGUCAUAUCCAUUUCCAUAGGUGGAGGGAAUCCUAGUAUUGUGGAGGAUUCUAUAUCAAUUGGUGCAUUUCAUGCCAUGAGGAAAGGUAUAAUCACAGUGGCCUCAGCAGGAAAUGAUGGUCCUACUUUGGGAACUGUCACAAAUACUGCACCAUGGAUUGUAACAGUAGCGGCUAGUGGCAUUGAUAGGACUUUCAGAAGCACUGUACAGUUGGGAAAUGGAAAGAAUAUUUCUGGGGUAGGAGUUAGCUGUUUCAAUCCAAAACAAAAACAGUACCCUCUUGUCAAUGGGAUUGAUGCAGCCAAAGACCCAAAAGAUAAGGAAGAUGCUAGAUUCUGCUAUGAAGGCACCUUAGAGCCUAAUAAGGUUAAGGGAAAGCUUGUUUACUGCGAAUUAGGAACAUGGGGCACUGAAGCUGUUGUAAAGGGAAUUGGAGGCAUCGGUUCUUUAAUAGAAAGUGAACAAUAUCCUGAUGUUGCUCAAAUUUUCAUGGCUCCUGCUACCAUUGUGAAUAAUGACACAAGUGAAAUUAUUACCAAAUAUUUACAAUCCACAAGAUCACCAUCAGCGGUUAUAUACAAAAGCCAGGAAGUACAAAAGCAAGCUCCAUUCAUUGCUACAUUCUCAUCUAGAGGUCCGAAUCCUGGAUCCCGCAAUGUUCUCAAGCCUGAUGUUGCAGCUCCUGGCAUUGACAUCUUGGCAUCUUAUACUCUUAUGAAGUCACUCACAGGUUUGAAAGGUGACACUCAAUUUUCAGAAUUUAUUCUAUUGUCUGGAACCUCUAUGUCAUGUCCACAUGUUGCUGGAGUAGCAGCAUAUGUGAAGUCUUUUCACCCAGAUUGGACUCCUGCUGCCAUCAGAUCUGCUAUUAUUACUACAGCCAAACCUAUGAGCAAGAGAGUUAACAAUGAAGCAGAAUUUGCCUAUGGUUCUGGUCAAUUGAACCCAACAAGAGCUGUGAGCCCUGGUUUGGUGUAUGACAUGGAUGACUUAGCUUAUAUUCAAUUUUUAUGCCAUGAGGGUUACAAUGGUUCUAGUUUUUCAGCAUUAGUUGGUUCUCCUGUAAAUUGCUCCUCUUUGAUUCCUGGGAUUGGCCAUGAUGCUAUCAACUACCCUACCAUCCAAUUCAGCUUGGAAAGCAACAAAGACACAAGAAUAGGAGUUUUCAGAAGAAGAGUGACCAAUGUAGGUCCUGCUCCCACCAUCUUCAAUGCCACCAUUAGAUCACCAAAAGGAGUGGAAAUCACAGUGAAGCCUACUACACUCAUUUUCUCUAAAACCUUGCAAAAGAAGAGCUUCAAAGUAGUUGUGAAAGCCACUUCUAUUGCAAGUAAGAAAAUUGUAUCAGGUUCCCUUAUAUGGAGAAGCCCACGUUACAUUGUAAGGAGCCCUAUUGUUAUCUACCGUCCAUAA